UCAUGCUAUAAUUUUCUCCGCUCUUUCAGGGAGAGAGAUUGGAUUCUUUGAUGCCCCGCAUCUCAGUGCAGUAUCUUCUUUCAUCUCUUUCUGGCCUCCUCGACCAAUAUUCUUCCUCCAAAAUCCUAGGAGUCUCCUCAGCUCUCCUCGCCCAGCUAACAAAAAUCGGUUUCCUUCACAAGAAUCUGCCUGUCAGCCAUCUCUACUCCGUUUUCUUCGCCGCCGGGGAUGUAACCCCAUGGAACGCCCUCAUCGCUGCUCUGUCACGCCAAGGAUUUCCCGUUAUCGCCAUCCAGGCCUUCUCCGUUAUGCACCGCAUUGCCCUACCCCUCGAAUCAUAUUCUCUCUGCAGCUCACUCUCCGCUGCUUCGUCGCCCCAAGCAAAUGCCCUCAACCUGGGCAAGCAGAUUCACGCUUAUGCCUUGAAGUCAGGAGAGAUGUCCAGCAUUUUCCUGGGUGGUGCCCUUAUCGAUUUCUAUUCCAGAACGGACGAUAUCCAAGGUGCUCACCAGGUGUUUGAUGAAAUUCCUGUUAGAAAUACUGUCUGUUUGAAUGCUCUUUUAAAUGGUUAUGUUGAAAAAAAACUAUGGAUGGAAGGCUUGUCUUUGUUUCGGAUCUUUUAUAGCUUGAGGCUUGAUCCAGAUGAUCGUACCAUUUCUGCUGUUCUCAGAAUUUGUGCAGAAAUGUCUUUUAGUCGGCUAGGAAUGCAAUGCCAUGCCCAUUUAGUUCGUAGGAUUAGUGGUGUGGAGAAAGAUGUAUUUUUGUUAAGUUCCUUAGUUGAGAUGUAUGGGAAGUGUGGCCUUGUAGGCAAAGUUCACUUUGUUUUUAGGAUGUUUGAUCAUGCGGCAGGGGAAGGAAGAAGAGAUGUUGUGCUUUGGACAUCACUGUUGAAUGCCUAUGGCCGGAAUGGGCUGUUUGAUGAAGUAAUCUCAACAUUUGAGGAGAUGUUGGUUGAAGGGACAGAGCCAGAUGAGAUUGUGAUGUUAGCUGUCCUCUCUGCCUGUGCUCGCUCCGGCAAUGUCAUGAAAGGUCUUCUCUACCUUGAAUCAAUGGUGAAAGAAUACAAACUGGCACCGAGGCAUGAACAUUAUAGCUGUGUGGUUGAUUUGCUUUGUCGGGCCGGUGAACUGGGGAAAGCCUGGGAAUUUGUUGAUGAAAUCGCAUCAGAGGAUAGUGGUAAUGGCGGAAUAAUGUUUGCUGUUAGUGCUUGGGGUGCCAUACUAAGUGCUUGCCGUGAUUCUGGAAAUGUCAAGAUUGGCAAGCUUGCUUUUCAGAGGGCUAUUCAGUUGGAUCAGGAUAAUGUUGGAAUGCAUGUAGAGCUCUCAAAUUUGUAUGCCAGAGUUGGUAUGUGGGAUGAGCUUGCAGAACUACGGAAUUUCAUGGUGGAUAAGGGAAUCAAGAAAGAUAUUGGCUUUAGUAGAUUGGAGAUCGGGAACUAGGUUGCUGUAAUGAUGAAGAGGGAUUCUCUUGAAGAGGCUUGCCCCACUUAAAUGUUCAUCCAUGCUCAGGAAGUGUUUACUAGUUUGUGUUGAUUGGUAUAAUUUGGGGUUCUGAUUAGCCUUACUGUUGGAGUUGAUGGGGUAUGAAGCUGAGCUGCAUGGAAAUUAAACUGCAAUAAUAAUUUUUUUCUAUAAAACACAUUUGAUCUUGUUGGGUCCGUCGAAGAUACUAAGACCAUGCCAUAGAUACGGAUCAAGCUCCAAGAGUACUGAUGAUUGAGCAAGAUUGGUAUGCAUAUGGAUGGACGACUACUGGUCUUUAUAUUGGAUCUUUGGAGGUAUAUGGAGUUUAUUUGGAUCUCCGUUUUGCUCUACCUUCUCAUUUCUGCAUCAUAAAUGUCUACGCACUGUCACAUCUCAUUAUCACCUAGCUGAUUACAUCGUCAACUUUCCUUUAAAUGCUUCAUCUACCUUCUCUUCCUGGUAAGUAAUCUGUCUGCAACUUCAUUACUUGGCCAUUAGCAAUUUAACAUUACAGUAUUCAGAGAAAUCGGCAGAGCAGUAGCUUUCAAUCGUCGGUGGUUGAUUUGUCAUGCUACACAACUCUCCUUGGCCUAUUGGU